ACCUGCGUUCACCUAGCGUCGGCGUCGUAGCUAUUACUCGCUGGCAGUUCGCAUCGUUCGCAUCGUAUAAAAUCAAAAGUAACGAACGCGCGGCCGUCACUUCCAAUAUUAUUGUCGCGCGCUGUCAAAUUGUAGCGCGUCGAACGACCCGCGUUUAAAUCCAAAUUCACAGUUACACCGUUAAUAAUAAUAAAGUGCGAUAUUACAAUAUUCACAUUAAAUUAAAUUAAAUUAAAUUAAAUACGAAUUGAUAUCAAAGUGUCAACCAGAGUGACAUGACAAGUUGAUCAACCUCAAAACAUUGGCAAACCGAACAAUUCGAAAAGUUUUUGUAAGAAAAAGUGCGUUGUGCGUUUGAACCAUCAAAAAAAUGGAUCACAAACUGGAGCGUAAGCAGCGGAUAAUGCUGGACGACGACCGCAAGUUCGCCUUGAUGAAAUUCCGGCGUAAUCUUCACGAUAUCCUGAAGCCGCACCACGACGAUGCGUUCCUUUUGCGUUGGCUGCGCGCGAGGAGUUGGAAUGUCGAGAAUGCCGAAAAAAUGUUUAGAGAGUCGAUGAAUUGGAGACAACAAUGGGGAGUUGACGGAUAUCUACGUACAUGGCAACCAGGAGAAGUCAUGGACAAAUAUAUUGCGUACGGAGUGAUUGGAACUGAUCCAGAAGGGUGUCCAAUUGCAAUUAUCCCAAUUAAAGGCGUGGAUAUUGUUGGUAUUCUACAUUCAGUGAGCCGUCAUGACUUCAUCAGGUUCGCCAUUAAUGUCUUGGAAACCACCCUGGAAAAAGCCGCAAAACGUGGACAACACGAAAUUGUUGUCAUUUUUGAUAUGGAAGGCUUCCAACUACGACCAUACGCAUGGCGACCAGCUACACAACUUGUCAUUUCCAUGAUACAAAUGUACGAAGCCAAUUAUCCAGAGUCAUUGAAAGCUUGCUUCGUAAUAAACGCACCAAGAGUAUUUGCCUUUGCAUUCAACGUGAUUAAACCCUUUUUGGACGAAUACACAAUCAGCAAGAUCAGCGUUUUCAAAUCAGACCCGAGAAAAUACCAGAAAGCAAUGAAAGAGUGUAUUCCAGAUGAUCAACUUCCGGUGCACUAUGGCGGAACAAUGGUAGAUCCUGAUGGUGAUCCAAAAUGUCCCUCUAAGAUUAAUUACGGCGGUACAGUACCCAAGAGUUUCUACAAAAAGAACUUCGAACAAGACAAAAAACGUGACUACACCGAUACAAGCGUAAAAAGUGGUGGAAAGAUUGUUCUAGACUUCAACGCACCCGAAGAGGGAUGUUACCUUAACUGGGAUUUUGUCACCGAAGACCACGACAUCAAAUUCGGCGUCACCUGCAAGGACGACGCCACCGGACACGUUCACCAGGUGAUCAAAGCAAUGCGUGUGCCUUCACAUCAAGUAGAAGAAUCAGGCGCGUUGCAAUGCAAACCAAAUUACACUUAUACGGUGACGUUCGAUAACACAUACAGUAUGUUCAAGAACAAGAAGAUCAAAUAUUCCGUCUACAUGACAGAACCAAUCACCAAACUGGAUAUGAGUGUGUUACCAGCGAACGAAGAAUAAUUAUCAACAGAAUUUACAUUAAAAUAAACUAUUUACAUUAAAUAGAUUAUCCAAUCAGCAAUCUAUAAGGUAAAAUAAUAAAUUUAGAGGUAAACAAUAAUAUUACACCAGGAUAAGGUUGGUUAUUGUACGUUUUGCUCAAAGAUUACACUUAACAAACAGAAAAUGGCGGAUGUGGAAGCAUAAAUAAGAAAAUACAUUAUUUUUUAUAUUUAGGCGUGUUUACGUUUAAAUAAUGAUGAAAUAUUGGCAACAAUUAGUAAAAAAGCAUAUAAAAUUGUAAAAUUUCACAUAAUUCUGUAUUUUUCAGCGUUUGUAUUCAUUAUUUUAAUUUAUAUCUAGGCUUAAUUGUUUAUAAAGUGUUAUUAAAACGUUUGCAUUUCAUAUGUUUUGAAUCAACAA